UGUACACACACACACACACAGAGCCCAGCCGGCCUCCUUCGGCGUUCUCCAGUUUCCCCCUCAGCCGUAAGGCGAGCGAGCGGCCGCUCUCUCUCCUACGGGAGCCGCGGAGGGACGAACGGGUUGACGGGGCGGGGAAAGAAGUAGUGUCCCUUCAUUUGUGUCCUGUGAGCGGCUGGAUUCUUCUUCCGUCUUUGCCGCCGCCGCCUGAGGGGUUCUUGCCGGUGCCCCGCACAGUGACGGCGGCCGCUGCUUUUCUCCCUGCCCUCAGCCGCUGCCUCUGGCCCGCCGCGCUCUCCCGGCUCCGCUCGUCCGUCCGCUCGAGGGCUAUGGGGCUUCUGUCGCAGGGCUCCCCGCUGAGCUGGGAGAAGACGCAGCGGCACGCCGACCACGUGCGCAAACACGGCAUCCUCCAGUUCUUGUACAUCUACCGAGCGGUCGGGGAGCGGCACAAGGACGUGCUCAAGUGGGGGGACGAGGUGGAAUACAUGUUGGUAGCUUUUGAUCAUAAAAACAAGAGAGCACAAUUGUCCUUAACUGGUGGAGAAGUUCUUCACACUUUGCAAGAAAAGGGUGAAAAGGUAAACCCAAACCAUCCAACUCUGUGGAGGCCUGAAUACGGAAGCUACAUGAUAGAAGGGACUCCUGGGCAGCCGUAUGGAGGAACAAUGUCUGAGUUUAACACUGUACAAGACAACAUGAGGAAGCGACGUCAGGAAGCUGCUUCUGUGCUGAAAAAAAAUGAAGCUAUUUGCACUGUCACAACAUUUCCAAGAUUAGGUUGUCCAGGAUUUACGAUACCAGAGUAUGACCCAACACCUGUUGAGACAGGCGCAUCCAAGUCUCUCUUUUUUCCAGAUGAAGCCAUCAACAAGCAUCCUAGAUUUAGUACUUUAACAAGAAACAUUCGGCACAGAAGAGGAGAAAAAGUAGUGAUAAAUGUUCCAAUAUUCAAGGACAAAAAUACUCCAUCACCAUUUAUAGAAACAUUCCCUAAUGAUGAUGGUGAAGCAGCAAGAGCCGCCAAGCCUGACCACGUAUAUAUGGACGCAAUGGGUUUUGGAAUGGGCAAUUGUUGUCUUCAGGUUACAUUCCAGGCUUGCAGCAUUUCUGAAGCACGAUACCUUUAUGAUCAACUAGCAACGAUCUGUCCCAUUGUGAUGGCAUUAAGUGCUGCAGCUCCAUUCUACAGAGGCCAUGUGACAGAUAUUGAUUGUCGUUGGGGAGUAAUAUCUGCAUCAGUAGACGACAGAACAAGAGAGGAGAGGGGAUUAGAGCCAUUGAAGAACAACCGUUACAGAAUCAAUAAAUCCAGAUACGAUUCCAUAGACAGUUAUCUCUCUGAAUGUGGUGAAAAGUACAAUGACAUUGAUUUGACAGUAGAUAAAGAAAUCUAUGAGCACCUAGUAAAAGAAGGCAUUGACCAUCUUUUGGCACAACACAUUGCUCACUUAUUUAUUCGUGAUCCGUUGACUCUGUUUGAAGAGAAAAUUCACCUGGAUGAUGCAAAUGAAUCCGAUCACUUUGAGAAUAUUCAGUCAACAAAUUGGCAGACAAUGAGAUUUAAGCCACCACCUCCAAAUUCAGAUAUUGGAUGGAGAGUUGAGUUCAGACCCAUGGAGGUGCAAUUAACAGACUUUGAAAAUUCUGCAUAUGUUGUGUUCGUUGUGUUGCUCACCCGAGUCAUCCUCUCAUACAAACUGGAUUUUCUAAUCCCUUUGUCCAAGGUGGAUGAGAACAUGAAAGUAGCUCAGAAACGGGAUGCUGUCCGGCAGGGCAUGUUUUAUUUCAGAAAAGACAUUUGUAAAGGUGGCAAUGCUGUAGUGGAUGGAUGUGGCCCAGCUCAAAAUGGUACAGAAACAGAUGCUGAAGAGUAUACCUUAAUGAGCAUAGAUACAAUAAUCAAUGGAAAGGAGGGAGUAUUUCCUGGAUUAAUUCCAAUUUUAAACUCUUAUCUUGAAAAUAUGGAAGUGGAUGUGGAUACAAGGUGCAGCAUUCUAAACUACCUGAAACUAAUAAAAAAGAGAGCAUCAGGAGAAUUAAUGACAGCUGCUCGUUGGAUGCGAGAGUUUGUUGCAAACCAUCCAGAAUACAAACAUGAUAGUGUGAUCACAGAAGAAAUGAACUACAGCUUGAUGUGGAAAUGCAACCAAAUUGCAGAAGAGCAAGUUGAGUGCCCAGAGCUGCUUGGAGUAGGCUUUAACAAAGUAAAAUACAGUGGAACUAAAACUAGCACUUUUUGAUGGAAGGCUUUAAUCUGGCAUGCAAAGUAUGAAACAUUCUCUGCUGUAGCGCUAGCUACAUUACUGGUGAAUUCUGCAGUUUCAUAGUGUGAAGACCAAAAUGGGUCUACUGCACUAUAAGGUGGGCCAAUCUGCCUAAAUAUCCUGUUAAAACUUCCUACAAUAGGCAUAUUCUUAUAUUUAAGGUUUAUACUGUGUACAUGUAAAUAGUAAAAUAUUUUUGAUUUAACAUCAAUGUAUUUUAAUAACAUACUGAAAGUCAUUGUGAACCAGCUUAUAACUUUUAUAUGCUUAUUCUGGAAAAAAAAUUCACUGUUAUCAAACAGCUUUGUAAAGGUACUGUGUUGGUACUUGUAUAUUAUCCGCAUUCCAGACAUUGAAUGUUUACUCUGCCUUUUGUUACCUGGAAUGCACUGAAUAAUCUACUGUAUUUUAAAGAACAAUUCAGAACCUGAUUCACAUAGAUAUUAUUCCCAUUCUGCUUUGAGAAAAUGGUGCAGUCCCAGUCCUGCUGAAAUUAGUGGCUGAAGUCUGUCAUCACUGGAUUCAGAUUUACAGUCAAGGAGCCCAGUUCAUAAAGUAGAUGUUGGUCCUCCUGCUGUCAGUUAAUAUAAUACAUCCCAAGUGCUUCCCCUUAACUAAGUUGGGGAAUAAAUCAGUUUAUUCCUAGAUACUUGUUUGCCUUUGCCAAAAGUCAGGGGUAUCAUGCAUGUAUGAUUAUCUUGAUUCGUAAUAGCCUGAGCCCCUGAGGCACAGCCAAAUAAGCUAACAUGUGAGGAGCAAAUUUAUUAAUUAGCACCACCAUGUUCUUUAGUCAAAGUUUAUAGAUGGUAUUUUGGUUUUAUUCUUGAGUAUUCUCCCCCCCUUUAAGAUAACAUGGUUGAAAUAUUAUUUCUGAUUUCCAAGACCCUGUUGCCAUGGUGGAAGAGCAGGCAGACAUCUCACUUUACUCCCCACUUCUACUGUAUUUGUAAUGUGUGAUGCAGGCACCCCUUCCAAUACACGCAGGAGCUUAAAUCACACAAUUCUCCCUUAAAAAGCAAAUCCAUAAACAUCUGGAGCUUCAAUUUAGCUAAAUGUUUGGAUUUGUGUGGCACAAAAAUAAGAGACCAAACAAAUGGUAGGAAAACCGCAAUGCACAGCCAGCAAGACAUGAUUUAAAAAUAAUUCUGUAAUGUUUCAUGCUUCCUUUUCAGUGACAGCUUUUCUGUGAUUUAGCUUCAUUUUCCUCUUAACUAUGAGCUGUAUCCUCUCUAAUUUAUUACAAUUAUCUCAAGAGGAAUCAUGAAAUGCACUAAUACACCUGUGAAUCGGGAAUCAGAAACAUAAAGGAAUUGUAUAGAGUUUAAAAUCAGUUGUUGGCGACUGUAUAUAUACCUGAGAUUUAUAGGGGAAAGGUGAGGCUUUAAAAUAUUAGCUACCUAUGGUAAGGGUACAGUAAGUAACUUUUCCUGUAUGAAAGAUUAUAAAAUCCUUAAUAGCAAGCAAAUACAAAUAUCCUAAGGUGUAAUGACUUACAAAGAACCAAUGCAAAAAUUGCAGUAAAACUGCAUCAAGAACUUUUUGCCUGUAGAGAGAUUAGAACUCGUGCAGUGUUCAUAGGUGUGCUUGUUUCAGGGUGCAAAUGGGGUGGCCCAGGCUCACUCAUCUGUGGAAUGAACAAUAUAUGCCAUAUAUUGUGGAUGUCUGAGUGUAAAGCUAUUUCAUUUACAUAUUUUCCACAGAAACUGAAAGAAAUAAACUUUUAAAAAAAUGCAAAGCAAA